AUUGUGUUUAGGUUACAACAGUAUUCAUUACACAGCCAGUAAACAAGCAUUGCUGGGUCCAGACGCUGUUCUCUCUUAAAGUUUUCGCUUGUUUGUGCAUCUAAAAUUACAGUUCAUCGAUCACGUGGAGUCUCUGGAAACAUGUUGAUCUACGUAGCUCUUCUAGUUUUGAUGACCCCUAGCUGGGGCGCGCUGACCCCCAGGGAACUGACUGAUGCACAGAAAGAAAAAGUAAUACUUCUGACAACCUGGGGCUUCUUGAAUAUGUGCCCCGAGGGCAGCGGUGCUAAGGAAUUACUCGAAAAACUAUCUACUGAUGAGUUUCCUGGCCAACUGGAGUCUGACAAGUGGAACGUAAUGGGGGUUUUGAUCCAGGGCAUUCAAGAGAAUCAGAAUGCGUCAUUGGAUUAUCUUCAACUGCCGACUGAAGACAAACUCAAGUACAUUCUCUACGGUUUUAUUAUGUCAAUGUGUGGCGCCGCGCAAGAAAUCGUCGGAGAAGUACAAAUGCUAGAGGCUGGCAUCACACCUUCAAAUUAGAAGCAAAUGAUGUUGUUUUAUAUGCGCCUGGAAUUUAUUAAGAAAUCAAAAAUGAAAAGAUCGGUAUAUAUUUACUAGCUAAUAGUUUUGACUCAUUCGAAGUUUUGUAAAGUGUAGUACCAAUAAAUGUGUAUAUAGUAAAUAUCUUA